GUUCUGGCCAAGGGUCGGAAAAUCCAUGCGGCAAGGCAUAGCAAGUCAUGUCGGCAUACUAACGCAAGUAUACGGGAGUCGUACACAGAAUGUGGGAGAACGUAGAGGAGGUACCUCGGGAAAGCAGCCAUUUACCAAGUCCCGCGGACUCCAACGACGAUAUCGCCCGCUCCUCUCUUUCAACGACUGAACAGCCCUUGAAAAAAGGCAUGUUUCACAUCCUUCUCUUCGAAUACAUAUCCCCUUCGUCUGCACGCCUAUCGGCGUUUUUGCUUGGUUUGCCGUCGCUGGUCCCUAUCAUUGCUGUUGGUGUCCUGUUCCAUCAAUUCAACCUACUUGCUGAAGAUGCGUUAGGCCUGGCAUUUACAACUCUGCUUUUGUCGAUUGCACUUGAAACUGGGCGGCGGUAUACUGAGGAAGGAAAGGUUGCCCUUCUUACAAGCCACGUGGGUGAGAUUGAAGCCGAGCUCUCGACAUAUCGGACAGCGUUCGAGGAUAAUCCUUCCUACAUGGCUAUCAUCGAUGUUAUGAAGCGACGAAUGUCCGACGAUGAGAUAGAUGCUGAACGUAAAUCAAGUGGAUUUCAAGACCGCACUCGUUCCUGGCAUUAUGAUUAUCGCGCCGUGAAACUUAAUCGCGGUGCGGUGAAGAUUUAUGGUGUAGAGGCAUCGCGCAUUCUAGGAAAAUGGGCUAGGAGUGAUUUGGGUCGUCCUACCGAAGCCGUAGAUUACUGUGGGCGCCAUUGCGAGGAAGCCCGGAGAACAGGAAGGGUGGUGGAGUGGGAACAAGAGUAUCCGAAUUUGUAUAUGGGGAAUCAAGAUGGAAAGCCAGAAGGAACCACAACACUUGUUGUGCGCGCCGUCUAUUUGGGUCCUUCAACAACGAAUGGAUGCUCCUCAUACUUGUUGAUGCUACGUGAUUGCUCUGAAGAACGUAGGGCGAUGGAAGCAUUACGAGAGAGCGAGAAGAGAUUAGAGACAAUUAUGGAUGCUGCAACAGAUGGCGUCUGGGAGUGGGAUAUUCCAAAUGAUGACUUCAGAUUUAGCCACCGUCUUGCCAGGUAUCUUGGCUACGAUGAAGAUGAGUACCGCGCAAUAUACGGCACCGUAGAAGGGUAUCAGAACGCUGUGCAUCCUGCUGAUCGAUCAAGAAUGAAUAAUGUCACGAUGGACAUACUGAGCGGCAAACAUCAGCUCGAUAAUUUUCAAAUGGAGCGCCGACUUUUGACCAAGAGUGGCAGUUACAUAUGGCUAUUAAACCGGGGGAAGAUUCUUGCUCGUGAUGCUGAUGGAAAGCCCACCAAGUUGGUUGGCGCACAUAUAGAUGUGAGCGACAGGAAAGCAGUUGAAUUCGCGCUAGAGCAGAAGACGAAGCAGCUGGAUGAAAAGAAUCAGUUGCUGGACGAGAAAAAUCGGCAACUGGAUGAAAAGAACCGAGAGUUGGAUUUGGCUGUACAAUUGAAGGCGGAAUUCCUCGCAAAUAUUUCACACGAAUUUAGGACACCGUUGAAUGGUAUUGUCGGGCUAGGUGAAGUGUUGUGGGAUACUCAACUUAACGCUGAGCAGCGGGAUUUGCUGAAAUCGAUACGAGAAUGCUCUGAUGGAUUGUUACUUAUUGUAAAUGAUGUGCUGGACUUUUCAAAGAUUGAUGCAGGAAAAAUGAGUUUGGAAAAUCGACCGUUCGACCUACGCACCUGUAUCACCAACGCUGUCUCCGUACUAAAUUUAAAAGCGAAGGAAAAGCAAAUAGGUUUAACAACUGUGGUUGACUCUGCCGUACCUUCCAUCGUUAUUGGUGAUGGGAAUCGUCUUCGACAGGUUCUUAUCAACCUUGUUGGAAAUGCCGUUAAAUUUACAAAGUCGGGGGGAGUAUCAAUAAGAGCGUGGACUGUGGAUGAUUCUGGCCGACAUUUUGAACAACGACGCUUCACAUUCACGGACAAAAGCAGUCCGAACACCAACACAAAUGCAGAGAAACCAGAGAUACCAGAGAUAGACGAGAGACGGGAAAAACCGGAGAAACCUCGCCGACCAACCCACUUUCUUACUCGCACUCCCACAUCCUCGCCAACGUCGCUCACCGCUUUGGUACACUUUGAAGUCCGCGACACUGGCAUCGGCAUCCCUGCAACCCGUCUCUGCCGUCUCUUUCAACCAUUCUCUCAGGUUGACGCCUCAACCAGUCGACAAUAUGGUGGAACUGGAUUGGGCUUGGCAAUAUCAAAACAGUUAGUGCAGUUGAUGGACCCGGGUGGGGAGGGAAUACGAGUGGAGAGUGUCGAGGAUGCGGGUAGUGUUUUUUCGUUUCGAAUACGAUUUCCGGUUUAUGAAGGCGAGCUCGAAGCGGAACUUGGCGCAUGGGAUCAUGAGAAAGACGGACGGCGGAAGGAGGAAUGGAAACGAAUCGCAGACAAAGUGCCAGUUAAGAUACUGCUGGCUGAGGAUAACCUGAUCAAUCAAAAAGUAUCAAUACGCUUACUUGCGCAACUGGGAUAUAACUCUGCCAUCGAUAUUGCCAACAACGGGGUCGAAGCGGUAGAAAUGUCGCGCCGAACACCUUACCACGUCAUUCUGAUGGAUGUACAAAUGCCUAGAAUGAGCGGUAUAGAAGCUACGAGAGUAAUUAGAAAGGAACGCGGAGGUAUUGCGGAUGGCGGUCCGGCUAUCAUCGCCCUGACAGCCAAUGCCAUGGCGUCAGAUCGCGAUCAAUGCCUUGCUGCAGGGAUGGAUGGGCACAUUGGGAAACCGUUCAAGAUUGAAACGCUGGCUUGGGCUUUAGAGGCCUUUGGAGGGAAUGUUUUGGAGUUGCAGCAGAAUAAUAGAUUCGACGCUGUUGACGAGACGAAGGAAUCUACAGAGGACUUGGCGCCAUACCGUGGUUUCCCAACAGAUGCAACUGCAUAAAGAUCGGAAAGUGUGGGAUACAUCACCCUGCGAAUUGGACCAACGGCUUAAUCUUUUAUGUAUUGGCGGAUGCUCAGGAAGAAAUUGUGUGAUGGGGAAAUCCGAUGCACUUGAGAGGGUAGACGACGUCGGUUAGAUCUUUUUGGGGGCUGAAACGUGGGAUUAUUCUGCAAAUCAUUGGCAAACUUUUUUUAUGUACGUAUUUUAUUAUCUUCAUGUUUAUAGUAUUACGUUCUCGAAUUGUUUCUGCAAAAAAGUGUAAGCUUUCUCCGUGGUAA